AUGAAUGACAUACUUUCCAUCUACAACUUUAGAAAAGUUGGAUCUGAGACAAACGAAAAUGACAAUUUUGUAAGAGGCCAACCUGAGCUUUUGAAGAAUAUUCGGAGACCAGGCUUCUUUAUGAAACGAGAGGAUAUGAUCGACCAAAUUAACAUACUCGCAAAAGAGAAAGAAGAGUUGCUUACAAUGUUAGGGAAACAAGAUCUGCAGAUAAAGCAACUAAAACAUCGUUUGCAUCACAUAGGAAUUUGCAGAUUAUGA